CCAUUACCAACAAAAACUCGACACUGGAUUAGCUAUGUUAUCUGGUCAAUAGCGCUCAGUUAUAAGCUCUCGAGGCUGUUGUCGAUACAGAUAAAUGAAAAUAUUAACGUUUUGUUAUCGCAAUGAAGUUACGUUCCUUGUAAUGUUAACGUUCGCGCGUAACUACUGGAUUCCAUUUGUCAAUACGUAAAACGCUAGCAGCUAGCUGGGCUAACGUUAGCUGCCCACACUGUGUGUUAGUUACGCCAAGUUUGUUUUAUUGCAGCCACAUAAGUUUGCCACUACACCCCAGUUCAGCUGAUACAGUAGUUUUAACAACACAUUGGGACCACAAAGAGCUUCAGAGAAUGCUGGCGACGGGAGCAGGAUCUCCAACGAAGCUUCAAAUAAAGGCUGUAACUAACGUCACAGCCCUGGCCCAGGUAGACCGGGAGAAGAUCUACCAAUGGAUCAAUGAGUUGUCCAGUCCAGAGACCAGAGAAAAUGCCUUGCUGGAGCUAAGCAAGAAACGCGAGUCUGUGCCAGACCUGGCACCAAUGCUCUGGCACUCCUGUGGUACUAUUGCUGCCCUGUUGCAGGAAAUAGUGAACAUCUAUCCAUCUAUAAAUCCACCUACGCUUACAGCUCACCAAUCUAACAGAGUGUGCAAUGCCCUGGCACUUCUGCAGUGUGUUGCCUCACACCCGGAGACACGGUCAGCUUUUCUUGCUGCUCACAUCCCUCUUUUCCUUUACCCUUUCCUGCACACUGUGAGCAAAACCCGUCCGUUUGAGUACCUGCGACUUACCAGCCUCGGAGUCAUAGGUGCCUUGGUCAAAACAGAUGAACAAGAAGUGAUUAACUUCCUCCUCACCACUGAAAUCAUCCCGCUGUGUCUCCGCAUCAUGGAGUCAGGGAGUGAGCUCUCCAAGACGGUUGCUACUUUCAUACUGCAGAAGAUCUUGCUGGAUGACACAGGGCUGGCCUAUAUAUGUCAGACGUAUGAACGUUUCUCCCAUGUGGCCAUGAUUCUUGGCAAAAUGGUGCUCCAGCUCUCUAAAGAACCAUCAGCCCGCCUGUUGAAGCAUGUUGUUCGCUGCUACCUUCGCCUCUCGGACAAUCUCAGAGCCAGAGAGGCCCUGCGUCAGUGUCUGCCAGACCAGCUGAAAGACAGCACCUUUGCCCAGGUGCUAAAGGACGACACCACCACCAAGCGCUGGCUGGCACAGUUGGUCAAGAACCUGCAGGAGGGCCAAGUCACCGAUGCUAGAGGCAUCCCACUGGCUCCACAGUGAUGAGGACAGAGUGUGUUUACAGCUGACGCAGAAAGACUCUCUCAUCACCGCCUAGAUUUUGUAUUUUGCCAUAUGCGGUGCUGAGACUGUCUACAAAGUGGAGGACAUAAUAGAGGAAGAUUUGCUUUUGGAUACAUCAUUUACACCAGUUUUACUGCCAGUAUGUCACUUCCACAAACAAAGUCCCGACUUCACAACUAAAAAGUUGUUUUUUAAAGAGCCAGACUGAUCGAAGAUUUUCAAAGCUGAUACUGAUAACUGAUAUUUGACAAUAAUUUAAUCCAAUAAUGAAAUAUUGGCUGGUAUUUGUUUAUGACGUUAAUGUUUUUGGCAAGAUCCAAAAUGAAAGGUUUGUUUCAGUGUGAUAUUUUACAGUUUGAAACAAAAUAUUUCCCUAUCAAAACAAUUCAAAAAAAGUGCUUUUUGAACAGAGAAAUGCAAUGAACUUGAAAUAAGAAAAUGGUCAACAACAUGUAUUGCUGCAGUUAACAGCACUGCAAUGUCUAUCUGGAUAUCUGUCACGGUUGUUAAUAUCGGUGCUUCCAAAAUAUCGGUCAGCUCUAGCUUUUCCUGUUUCUCACUGUAAUUUCCUGUAACAUUCCACUUCAAAGUAGGAAUUGUUAUUUUUUUUUCCUCCUUACAUUUCAAAUAAGACUUUUAAACCUU